AGUUUCCUUUGUUUAAUGAAGAUCUGAAGCACUGGAAGUGUGAUAUUUUAGUUGUUCGUCGGAUUAACCCGGCAACAAGUUUGAAAAUUCUUAGUGAUUGUAAUUCUUUUUGAAGAAAAAACAUGCCUCAAAUGGUCGGACCAGAAAAAACACUCCUAAUUGUCAAAAUGUGUUUAGCAGUAGUGUUCCUUUUUGGUGGAGCUUUUGGUUUUUUCUAUUUUCUAUACAGAAAUAGCUACAAUGCAUCUGGAUGGUGUCUGCUAACAGAGAUAGCUGCUGCGACUAUUCUUCAAUUCAAUGCUAAGUAUCUCAGGAACCAGCUUCAUGCCAAAUACUCUGCGUCUGUGAUGCAAGCUUUAAAAUUCCUGACUGGUCUAGCGGCAGUAGCAGGGACCGUCUCUGGAAUUGUGUUUAUUGUUCUAGCAGUUAAAGAUCCAUUCGAGCAUUUUACGAUAACAAGCUUUUAUAUGGCUGCAAUUACUGCAUUUGUGUCUGCUGUUUGGAUGAUAAUUCUAUGCUUGGAUUGCCACAAAUUUGAAAGAAUAUUAUUAAAUCCAACAAUAAGUGUAAUAAACUGAAAUGUACUUCAUAUUAUAUCUUGAAUGACUGUGAUUUGUCAAUGUAUGAUAUAUUUAUUAAAAAA